UAUCUUCUAAAUGAUGUUUAUUUCUAAUUCUUUUUGGAUGAGAAUAUUUUGGCUGAGGUGGAUAAUCCCAAAAGCCUUGAAUUUAGUCCCUUUUAUAUAGUAGUAUAUCUUUUAUGUUGUUUUGUUGAGUAUUUGGUGUAUAGAAAAUAUAUACCGUAAAUAUUAAUGUAUUUUUGGUGUAAAAUAAGAAAAUAAUAUAAAAUAUUUUGAAAUGUUUAGAAAACUAAAAAUAGAUUUUAUUGUGAAUAAAAUAAAAAUAUAAUAAUUUAUUUUUAUUUUUCUAAACUUCACAUACACUAAUUAUUAAUUUAUAUUUAUGUGUGAACAAUAUAUUUAUAUGAUUUAAAAAAAAAACAUUAUCUUAUUAUUUUAUCAAAUUAUGUUAUAUUCUAGUUAGUUCAAUUUGAAACUGGUAAAAUUUAUUAAUUUGUUGUGUUAUUAGUUUAUCAAUUAUUAAUUUCUAAUGUAUGUUUUGUCUUAUAUGACUGUAAAUGGUUUAAACCUCUCGCCUUCCUUUUUUUUUUUGUCAACCUCUCGCCUUCCUAAAAAUGAAUUUAAUCGGAUGUUAUAAUUGUUUGUCACAGUCGAAAUAGAGAUUAAAUUAUAUGAAAUAAAGAAGAUGACAGUGAUUAGCUGCAAACAUGGUACAAAGGAUUAAAUCAAAGUAAAGUGAAACCCACGAAUGGGAACCGAAAAUAAAUAUUAGAAUAAUUUGUUGUAAAGUUUAAAUAUAAAAUUCCUAUAUGACAUGAGUGUUAGACGAAGACAUGGACAUACCCAUCAGAGUAUCAAUACACUACAUAAAUUACUCUUCUUUUGUCCUUGUGCAUAAAUUCCUUUCAUACCAAAAUAAAACCCUAGGAAUUGGAAUAAUAUAAUAUAAAAUAUAUAUCUAAAAUUCAUUUAUUAUUUAACUUUCCCCAAUCAUUAAUAAUAUAAACAUAAAAGGAGUUACCAAAAAAAAAAAUACCUCACAUUGUUCUUCCUCUGCCUUCUUAUCUCUUCUUUCUUCUUCUAGACCCAACAAGAUCAUACUCUAAGAACUCGAGCUUAUACCAGUCUUCAAUCUAAAUCUGUUCUUCUAAAGAAAAAGGUCAAUUAAUUGAGAUGAGAUCAAGAGAAUGCGAUGAAGAGGAGAUUCAAGCAAAGCAAGAAGGAGAUCAUAGUGAAAAUAAUAAUCAUCAAGUAAACUUAAACAACAUGUUGCAGCAGCAGCAGCAGAAUCAGCCUAGUUCGUUAUCAUCAUCGAGGCAAUGGACCUCAGCUUUUAGAAAUCCAAGAAUUGUUCGAGUCUCUAGAACGUUCGGUGGCAAAGACAGACACAGCAAAGUCUGCACAGUCCGUGGCCUUAGAGACCGGAGGAUAAGGUUGUCCGUUCCAACAGCAAUUCAACUUUACGACCUUCAAGAUCGAUUAGGGCUGAGUCAGCCAAGCAAAGUCGUUGAUUGGUUACUCGAAGCAGCAAAAGAUGACGUCGACAAGCUCCCUCCAUUACAAUUUCCACAUGGCUUUAACCAAAUGUAUCCAAAUCUUUUCUUUGGAAACUCAGGAAUAGGAGAAUCAUCAUCAUCAACAUCAGCGUUUCCAGGUACUAAUCUUGGGUUCUUGGAGAGUUAUGAUCUUGGAGGCUCUUCUUCAAGAACAAGAUCAAGAAUCCAAGAAACACCUAGAGAGAGUUUCGAUCUUGAUAAAGGGAAAUGGAUCAAGAACGAUGAGAACGCUAAUCAUCAUCAAGAUCAUGGGUUCGACGCCAGCCAUCAACAUUUCUCUCUCACCAAUCCUUACAACAACAGCAAUGCUUCCUCUUAUUACAACCUUGGACAUCUUCAACACUCGUUAGACCAGUCCGGUAAUAACGUUACUGUCGCAAUAUCCAAUGUUCCUAGUAAUAAUAAUAACAAUAAUCUCAAUUUGCCUCCACCGUCGUCUGCUGGAGAUGGAUCUCAACUGCUUUUUGGUCCUCCUCCUCCGGCAAUGAGCUCUCUAUUUCCUACGUAUCCAUCGUUCCUUGGAGCUUCUCAUCAUCAACAUCAUCAUGUCGUUGAUGGAGCUGGAAACCUUCAGCUCUUUAGCUCCAAUGCUAACACAGCGUCACAGCAACAGAUGAUGACGGGUAACUCUAGUUUGAUUAGACCGUUUCAUCAUUUGAUGAGCUCGAAUCAUGAUACGGAUCGCCAUAGUAGUGAUGACAAUGAUUCAGAUUCGUGAAAGAUUCAUAUAUCUAUACUAUACAUACAUAUGUUAUAUGCAUACGUAUUCUUCUUUAUUUUAUAUUUAUAUAUUUGCGUAUUAAUGUUGGAUUUGGUUUUUAUAAAUUCAUCUUUUAUGUAUAUAUUGAGUUUUAAUAAUCUGAUGAUCAUCAGUCUUGGACUUGGAUUCGAACAAAGAUAUUCGUAAUGCGAGGUUGGUGCUUUAUGCUUAUAUAUAUUUGGUGCUUAUAUUUAUAUAAUUUAAAUUUCGAUGUC